AUGGCGCUUGGAAAUCGAGCCGAAGCAGCAACGGCGCAGGAUGAAAAUGAGUGGACGGCUCGACGUGAUAAUGUCUAUGUAAUGAUUGAACAAGAUACACAAAGUACGAUAUCUCCUCCUGCUUCUUCUAAUGGACAAGUGAAUACAUCUGGAACUACUCAGGAUGAAGACACUCGAGCCGUAGACCUUGCGGUCCUUGGAGACGCUUGUCCUAUCUGUCUACAGACUCUUGAGGACGCUGUGAUGGUUACAGUUUGCUAUCAUGUCUAUUGCUUUGAGUGUCUCAGUAUUUGGGUACACAGUCUUGCACUCCAUGGUGUAGAAUUAGCCACUUGUCCAUUGUGCAAAGCUCCGUUUCAAGAAGUGUAUGCCAACGUACGAAGCGAGUCGGACUUUGAGGUUUUACGCUUUCAAGGAAGAUGUAUACAGGACAAGGGAACGAGAAAUAAACCAGAGGAAUGCAGUCAGCGUGAUUGUCAGCAAUUGCGACGGCGAUCGCUGGUUUAUCGACGUAAAAUGCGACUUGUUCGUGUGGCUGGAAAGGAAGUAAAAAACGUGGACACGUUCCCAAAGAUGUACAAGGUGCAAGGAGAGUACGAAGCAUGGCUCGAGAGAGAACUGAAGGCGUGUAUUGGACGAGAUAUUGAUCUUACGGUACUUGUGGCUAUCAUCCGCUGCUGUCUCAAUAAGAUCGUACAGUGUGGAACCAAGAAAUGUUACGAAGAGUUGCAGCACGCGCUCAUGCCAUUCUUGUACGAGGAUGCCGAGCCUUUUGUCCGAGAAGUGGCUUUCUUUCUGGGCUCUAGGCUGAAUAUUGAGGCGUAUGACGCGGCUGUUGAAUAUCGCUGUGAAAAUGCUGCCGGGUGUACAAAUGCACUGUGCUGCGGCAGAUGA